AUGUCAUCUUUCAACAAAGAAAUAGAGGCAGCAAAAAAGAAAAUUACAGCAGCGGGUACAAAGAUACGAAUCACCAGGAAAGGCCAGAAGGGACAUGAUACUGCAAAUAUAGAAACUAGAAGCCAGUCCAAGGCAGGAGAAGCAGGAACAAGCAAGGAACAACAACAAACCCAAGAGACAAAUUCAGGACAACAAGAAGAGGAACCCGAGACGGUUGAGAAUCAGAAACAGCAAGCAAGCGAGGAACCAGUAGCGAGUACAAGCAAAAAAGAGGAAGGACAAGUACUCAACGAACCAGAGAACGAGACUCAAGAAAACGAAAACCUAGACCACGAAAGCCGGAAGGCGAAGUGGAUGGAAAGAACCAAACACAAAUACUACUGGGGUGACUCAGAUCGAGCAGACGAGAUGCUCAGAGCAUUUAAUGCAGUGUACGGAGGCGAGCAUCCUACGCAACAAGACCGAGACAACGUAACAGACAACGUCAGAAACGUUGCCGGCAACAAACGUGCUAGAUCUCCAGCGGAUCCACCAAAUACACAACGCGUAAGCCAACGCCCACGCACAGAGUCCCUGGUACCAGGCGGCGAGAGCGAGAGCGAGGAGGAACAUACCUUGGUCACAAAGAAGACGCCUAUGGACUCUAAAAAACCAGCAGCCAAAGCGAAAAAAACCUGCAGAGCCCAAAGACCUUCAGACAGACGAAGAACCCAACAACGAAGAAGGGGAUGA